UAGUUCCAGGGAUGACCACUAAGAGGCGCUGUAGCCAAACACAUCCUGGAGGCGGGCUUUACUUUUAGCCCACCAAUCAGCGGAAGCGGUCAUAGUUGAAAGGUUACGUCUAAUAUGGCGGCCAACAAACGAGUUCUGUAUGUCGGUGGCUUGGCUGAGGAGGUGGAUGAAAAGGUGUUGCAUGCAGCUUUUAUUCCCUUUGGAGACAUCAUAGACAUCCAGAUACCACUUGACUAUGAAACAGAAAAGCACAGAGGGUUUGCAUUCAUUGAGUUUGAGCUGGCAGAGGAUGCAGCCGCAGCUAUCGAUAACAUGAAUGAGUCUGAGCUUUUUGGACGGACCAUCCGUGUCAACAUUGCAAAGCCAAUGAGAAUCAAAGAGGGUUCUUCUCGACCAGUGUGGUCGGAUGACGACUGGCUGAAGAAGUUCUCAGGGAAAACGGUAGAGGAAGCUGAGGCAGAGGCAGCAUCUGGAGAAGCGACCACCACAACACAGGACGGUGAGCCUCCAGCUAAGAAGGGCAGAGUGAAUCCACAGGUCUACAUGGAUAUAAAGAUCGGCAACAAGCCAGCAGGGAGACUGCGCUUCCUCCUCCGGGCCGACAUUGUUCCAAUGACAGUAGAGAACUUCCGCUGCUUGUGCACACAUGAAAAGGGGUUUGGCUACAAAGGCAGCAGCUUCCAUCGCAUUAUCCCUCAGUUCAUGUGCCAAGGAGGAGACUUCACCAACCACAACGGCACCGGCGGGAAAUCCAUCUACGGCAGAAAGUUUGAUGACGAGAACUUUGUCCUCAAACACACCGCUCCAGGGCAACUCUCCAUGGCCAACUCUGGGUCAAACACAAACGGGUCUCAGUUCUUCAUCACAACAGACAAAACGGACUGGCUGGAUGGGAAACAUGUUGUGUUUGGCGAUCUGGUGGAGGGGAUGGAUGUGCUGCGUGCAAUGGAAGCUCAGGGAACGAAGGAUGGCAAACCAAAACAGAAAGUGAUCAUCUCAGACUGUGGAGAAUAUGUAUGAAUGAGUUAAAAAAAACAGGGUUUGCUUGUUUGUCUGUGUCUGACGACAGACGUUUGUCUAAGACAAUAUUUUUUUUAACUGAAAUCCAUUUUGUUAUGUAAAUAUUUCAAUAAACACAUUUUUUAUAACUAAAUCA